AUUAAGCUCUCUCUCCCUUUCGCUUACCUCUUGCCCACUUGGCCUCUCCUUUCCCUUUCUUCACCAAAUAACUUUCCAUUAUAUUUAUGUAAAAUAUCUACAAAUAUAAACGUUUCCAUUUCCCUCCCAAGAAUCUCAAAUAUCUAGCUAUCAAAUUUUCAUUUCUUGAUACACAACAAGAAGAUAAACCACACACAAGCAUCUAAUUCAACAACCCCUUUCACCUUAAAACAAUGAAGACGCCGCGGCUUUAUCUAACGGCGGCGAUGGUUCUUCUCGUCUGUGUGGCCUCAUCUCUGCUGCCGCUUGUUUCAAGCGACCCAGGGCGGCGAGUCAGCAUGACACUGGUUCGAGGGGCCGCUGCUCUUGGUGCUUUUUGCUUGGACGGUAGCUUACCGGCUUAUCACUUGGAUAGAGGCUUCGGUGCUGGAUCAAACAAUUGGCUUUUGCAGUUUGAGGGAGGAGGUUGGUGCAAUGAUAUAGCAUCAUGCGUGGAUAGAUCAAAGACCCGUCGAGGCUCAACACGUUUUAUGAGCAAAACCGCCGUCUUCACUGGAAUCUUGAGCAAUAACGCCUCUUUAAAUCCAGAUUUUUACAACUGGAACAAAGUCAGGCUAAGGUAUUGCGAUGGAGCUUCGUUUGCGGGAGAUACACAGUUUCGCAACGGGACGUCAGUGCUUUAUUUCAGAGGACAACGUAUAUGGAAGGCAAUCAUUCUUGACCUUCUACCCAAAGGUUUAGGAAAAGCCCGCAAGGCUCUUCUGACCGGUUGUUCAGCUGGUGGUUUGUCGACGUUUUUGCAUUGCGACAACUUCAAGAACUAUCUUCCAAAAACCGCAAACGUGAAGUGCAUGAGCGACGCUGGAUUCUUUCUUGACGCAAUCGAUGUAGCAGCAAACCGGACAAUGAGAUCUUUCUACACUAAGCUUGUGUCUCUACAGGGUAUACAAAAGAACCUUGAUUCAAACUGCACACGAGUGUUCUAUCCCGAACAAUCUCUGUGCUUUUUCCCGCAAUAUGCAUUGAGAUUCAUUAGAACACCAAUGUUCAUCUUAAACUCAGCCUACGAUGUCUUCCAGUUCCAUCAUGGGCUUGUACCAUCUUCUGCUGACUUAACUGGGCGUUGGAAGCGCUGCAAGCUUAAUGUGACGGCAUGUAAUCCGCACCAGCUCGAUGUACUCCAAGGAUUUAGGACAGACAUGUUGGGAGCAUUAAUGAAUUUCUUCAGAAAUUCUACUAGAGGAGGGAUGUUUAUAAACUCAUGCUUCGAUCAUUGCCAGAGUGCUUUACAGGAAACUUGGCUAUCUCCCACUUCACCAAGGAUCCAUAAUAAGACAAUUGCUAGGACGGUCGGAGAUUGGUAUUUCGGGAGACGAAAUGGAGCAAAAGAAAUAGGUUGUCCAUAUCCAUGUGAUAAAACAUGUCAUAAUCUCAUUCCAGCUUCUGUUACAUCAGAUUCUUUGGUAAAUUUGGACAUUUAAUAGUCAAUACAGUUUUCGAGAGCAAUAAAUUACUGUAAAUAUACGAAUAAUCCUAAGUUGAAUUUGUAAUUAAAUGUUUUUCUUCUUAUUUUCGUUAUCUAAGCCUCUUACUGCUCUCAAAUUUUACUUUU